GCUCAGCUUGGGGAGGGGAGAGGGAAGCCGGCACCUCUAUACGUAGACUAGACUUUGACCCAGUCAGGUCUGGCACGUCCAGGUAGGGCGCAGCUGCGGGCUUCCAAUCUAGCCAGGGAAUCCCCAAAGGGCGGAGCCCGUCCGGGAAUCGUCAGAUCAGGGGGGACGUGGAGAAGGCGGUGACUGAAGCACUCACUUCUCCAUUUCCCCGUUCCGGUGGCUUCGCCCCUUUUUCUAAGUAGAGUUUGGGGGCCUGGGUAUCUGGCACCCUGCAGAGAGACAAUGGCCAAGUACGCAGCGGCGAGGGCAGCUCUCGGAAGAGAGCUCGGGAAGAGCUAGAGCCCAGGCCCCCGCCGAGCCGAGCCAUCUUCGGGGGCCAUGCAGCCUCGGGCCUGCUGGGCAGGCCUGACAGCCGGCCUCCGAGUGGUCCUCAUCCUCUACUGCUGGUGCUGCCUGGGUUUGUCAUUUUCCCCUACAGAACCACUUACCAGACUAUCAGCUCCACAAAACUUGAGAAUUCACCUCUAUAAUUUAGAGCAAGUUCUGAGAUGGGAUCCUGUCCCCAUAAGCAAUCUAACAGGCCCAGUCCUAUACAGCGUGGAGUAUAAAUUCCUCAAGAACAAUUGGAGCACUAUGACAUGUGUUAAUUGUACUAGAAUUGCAGAAUCAAUAUGUAACUUCACAGCAGCCCAUGAUUCUUCAUGUUUUCCACAUUAUUUCAAUAUUUCUUUACGUGUUAAAGCUCAACUAGGAGAGUUAGAUUCUGAUUGGGCAUUGGCUCCUUGGUUUCAGCAUUUCCGAAAUGCAACACUAGGACCUCCAUUAGAUGUGGUUGUGACUUCACUUGAUGGCUCUCUUAUCAUCAACUUUAAGCCUCCUUUCAAAGUAGAACCUGAUAAAUUUGAUUAUAUUGUCCAUUAUUGGCAGAAAGAAGGAGAAAAAAAGGUCAAGGGUCCUUUCCCAAGCCAGUCCAUUGAGCUGAAUGACUUAAAAAUCCCAAGUGAAUAUUGUUUACAAGUACAAGCAAAAUUGAAUCCCUCCCAUCUGAAUGACCCUCUCUUUGGGCAGCUAAGUAACACAUCUUGCCUCGAAAUCUCGUUUGCAGCUUCAGCUAAGUUUCAACAAGUCAUGAUAACAAUUUUGGGAAUAUUUGUAUUGAUUUUUCUGGUCCUGGGUUGUUACAUUCUGGCACAGAAAUCCCAAGGCCUGAUAAAGUCAUACUUUCAUUCUCCUCCAGGAAUCCCACCCCAAAUAAAAGAGUUUUUAAUGGAGCCCAACGAUCCUAUUUUAGAGGCUCUGGACAAUAACAGCUCAGCGGCAGAGGAUUGCUGUGUUUCCUUAUCUAUUGUUUCCUGCCAAGAAGACAAUCAAGAUGAUUUGAGCAAUAACUUAAGCGAUAACACUUGAACCAGCCAAGGGCAAAAAUGACCUAGAGUCAAUAAAUUGUCUAAACUUUACAAGAGACCAACUUCCCAUAUUUCUGUCUAUCACAGAUGCCAUAUUUCAGUACUUGGGAAAAGUUUUAUUUUCCUUGUUAACUGAGGACACUAUUAAAUAUGCAUUACUGGCAUUUCAGUGAACACUCAGGUGGAAAAUAUCUUCCUGGCCUACAAAAAACAAGAUGGAUACUUCACAAACAUUACUCAGAAAACACACUAACAGGAUCUCUUAAAGCAUAUUCUACAUGCUUACUGUACCUUGAUUGAGAGGCAGCAUAGUAAUGGAAAGAAGUACAGACAGGAGAAGGAUUUCAGUUUCCAUUUAUACCAUUAUUUCAUUAUGAUCAUAUGUCUCUUCACCUCUUUCUGCUUCAGUUUCUUCAUCCUUAAAAUGGAAUUGAACUAUAGGAGUUUUUAAGGCAUUUCCUACCACUAAAACUUCUUUGAUUGGUGCCUCUAUGAAACUGUGUAUUUGAUAAUUUGUCUUGUUAUGAUUUAAUCUUGUAAAUAAAUAUUUAUUAUUAGAUAUAAAUUUUCUAAACUAGAAAACCUUUUAUUUAAAAA